GAAACAAAGAAACCUAUUCUUGCCCUUCCUUCCAGUGCUGAAGAGACAGUCCAACAAGUCGGUGUGAAUGACACGUUCAAACUUAAAGAACUUGGACCAGUGGUUGUUAACGAAGACGGUACCAUUAGUCGAAUCAACAAUUGGCACGAAAUGAGCGACAUUGAAAAGAGCAAUGUC